GUGUCUUUCCUUAAACACACACGCAAAUAGUACGUGAACAAGGCGAUGGCGACGGCAUCAAGCAAGGUUGUGGUGCUCAUGGCGUUCAUGGCCGCUGCGCUGAGCUCUGUGUCGAUGGCCGCUGGGCCCGCCGGGCUGCAGCACGGUUUCUACAACUCGUCGUGCCCAAAAGCCGAGGACACGGUGAGGAACGUCGUCCAAGGCAUGAUCCGCAAUGACCCCACCAUGGGCGCCGCCUUUGUUCGCCUCUUCUUCCACGAUUGCUUUGUCAGGGGUUGCGAUGCCUCCAUUCUGCUGGACCCGACGACCAGCAAGCCAGAGACUGAGAAAACAACAAUCCCUCUACGCGGAUACGAUGCCGUGAACAAGAUCAAGGACGCCGUGGAGGCCGUCUGCCCGGGCGUUGUCUCCUGUGCGGACAUCCUGGCCUUUGCUGCACGUGACUCCACCCGCGCCUCAGGCGGGUUCACCUUCCACAUGCCAUCCGGUCGCCUGGACGGCUUCCAGUCAAUCGCCGACGAGGUCUUCCAGGGCAUCCCAUCCCCCGCGUUUCAGCUCCAAGAACUCCUUGAUAGCUUCGCCGCCAAGGGCCUCAACGCCGAGGACCUAGUGGUCCUCUCCGGCGCGCACUCCUUCGGCCUCACGCACUGCAACUUCGUCACCCCACGGUUGUACCCCACUAUCGACCCCAGUAUGAACGCCACCUUUGCGGCGGCACUAAAGAAGGUGUGCCCGCCUCCGAGGAACGGCGGGGGGUUCAUCUCCGUGAGCAACAACCGUGUGACGGACCCGAACAAGCUGAGCAACCAGUUCUACAAAAACGUGGCCUCUGGGCAGGUGUUGUUCACGUCGGACCAGACGCUACUGGAUGAGACGCCGACGACCGGCAACAAGACAGCGGCCAUGGUGGCCGACAACGCCGCCAACCCUAUCGCGUGGAUGGUCAGGUUUGCGGCGGCUUUGGUGAAGAUGGGAGGCAUUGAGGUGCUCACUGGGACCGACCCCGGCGAAGUCAGAAAGGUCUGCUUCGCCACCAACAACGCGAGCUAGAAUCGGUGGAGCUGCAUGCAUGAUGAUACUUAAACAAAAGUACCCUGGGCAUAGCCGGUGGACUUAGUUGGUUUAAUCCUUGUUAUAUUGGUUUCAUUCUAAUUGCAUGUGUACUAUUUUUUAACCAGA